AUGGAUUCUGGUAAUAGUGGUAGUAUGUACUCUUCAAGUGGUGGUGAUGAAGAAUAUGACUCAAGGCCAGAGUCACUUCCAGCUUUCUUGAAUCCUUCUAGCCACAACUUUGGUCCUUCUCUUCUUUCUCACCAACAGGCCACUUUGUUUGAUCCUUCCGCAACUCUUUUCCAUGCUUUCUCUCAAUCUCAACCAAAUCCAAAUUCCAGUUCUUCUAUGCUAAAUCUGGACAUGGUUCAUUCACGAGGCUUAAGAUCUGAUCCCAAUUGCACUGACCUUGGUAUCAACUUACCAGAAUCAUUAUCGUCAAGUCAAUCGGCACUUUUGGGUGUUCAAGGAUCAAGUCAAGCUUUACCUUCAUCUAUGCAAUUGCGAUCGCUUCAUGAUAAUGGAGUACGCUCUUCUUCACCGUCUGAUCAAACACAUGGGGUAGCCAGAAACCCCAAGAAGAGAACAAGGGCAUCAAGAAGGGCACCCACAACAGUUCUCACGACAGACACGUCCAAUUUUAGACAAAUGGUGCAAGAGUUCACCGGGAUCCCAGCACCACCAUUUUCAGGCUCACCGUUUACUCGUAGGCUCGAUCUUUUUUGCCCUGGCUCGGAUUUGAGGUCUGGUCAUUUGGAACCAAUGGGUUCGCUUUACCCUCUACGUCCCUCAGCUCAAAAGGUUCAUCAUCAGCAAACCCCGUUUUUAUCUUCUUCUUCUCCUUCAUUUUUUAGCAAUAAUAUUGUUGAUGCCACUAAUAUUGCUAGUACUAGUACUACUGCUAACAAUAACAAUACUAUUACCACAGCCACAACUAGUACUUUCAAUCCCAGUUCUGUUAACUACCAACUCUCUGCUGAUUUAGGCCUACACAAACAACCUCAGAAUCUGCUAAACAUGCAAAAUCAAAUGCUUUCGAUUCAACCCCUUCUACAGCCCCCUCCUCCUCUUCAACCUUUAGCUAAUGUGCCUGGCUUGGGUGCAAAGUCUCGAGCAAGUUUGCCUUUACCUUCCCUUGAGGAAUUGGGUAUGGGCCAUAGACAUGUUAAUGCAAACCUUAGUGGGUUAACAACUCAUGUAACAACAGAAGGGUUGAGGUUAUCUAAUGACGGGAUCACUCAAGAUCAUAACUUGAGGUCUUUGGAUGGGAAUUAUGGUAAUAUGCAACGUGUUAAUAGCUGUAAGUUGAAUUACUCAUCAGCUUCUUCAUCAGAUUUUCACCAUGACAAGGGUUUAGAGAAUGUUUCUUCAAGAGUUACUGAAGGUACAGUUGAUUCAUGGAUUUGUCCAUCAGAGUUCAGAGUAGGAGAUCAUUAA